UCUUUUUCUUUAUAUUAUAGACUCCUUAUGAUCGAGCUACAGCAGAGCUUUGGAGUUUUUUUUGGCAAACCUGGGCAGCUGCUUUUUAGCUAUGACCAAAGGGCCUUUGCCCUCAACAAGUUUUACACUGCAGGCAAACUCAUUGCCUGGUCCAUUAUGCACAAUGGACCUGGCCCAAGAUGCCUCAGUCGACAGCUUUAUUUACUUAUGUGUGGCCAGAAGCCAGAUUUUUCGACAUUUGACGUGAGCAAUUUCCAGGAUGAGGAGUUGCAAAUCAAACUCGAAAAGGUUGCCACAUGUAGAACUCUGGCUGAACUUGAGGAAAUAAGAAGUAGUUUGGGAGACUUUAUUUUUGAGUGUGGUGUCCCAAACAUCUACACAGCUUCAGUUGCUGACAUGCCCACGAUUUAUGAGCAGAUAAUCACUCAUCAUUUGUACCACAGGGUGGCAAGCAUGAUACACCAGUUCGUGUCAGGACUGAACUCGUGUGGACUGAUGUGGACAAUGGUGGAAAAGUUCUGGGAACAGUUCCUUCCCAUGUUCACCCACACAGGAAGAACGCUUUCAAGGAAUGAUGUUCAGGAGCUCUUCACAAUAAAUUGGAGUGCACAAGGAAGCAACCGUAGGGAGCAGGAAGAGGACACCAUUUACCUCUGGGAAUGCUGGCUAAUGUCUAUCCAAGAAGAGGCCUCCAUGAACAUCACAUACGAAGAUGUAUUGGUGUUUGUGACCGGAGCUGAUGCAGUGCCUCCGCUGGGGUUCCAGCAAAACUGUCAGAUUGACUUUUAUGGUCUGGAAGCUGGUUGCCGGAGGAUACCAUAUUCCUCCACAUGUGCUUGCUGUCUCUUCUUGCCACGUGGCAUAAGAGAUGAGGCUGAAUUCCGUGACUUAAUGUUCACAGCUCUUAGAGGCUCUCUGGGUUUUGGGAAAGUUUAAGUUUAUUUUUCAAAAUACACAAAGGGUGUAGAAAUGACAGAGACUAACUUCACAUGUCUUGGAGGAGGCAUGUGCUUGUCUUCACCCUUAUAGUGUUAGGGGAAUUACUAAUGAUGGAGGAGUUUUAGUGAGUGGGUUGGGUAACUGGUCUUCUAAAUUGGGGAGUAAUUGGGAUAAGAAUAGAAAAAGAGAUCAAUUCAGAAAACAUUUAUGGAAGUUGAACCUCAUAUAGAUAAAUAGAGAAUAGGUGUAUCA